AGAAAAAGGAGGAAGAAGAAGAAGAUCGAUGGACGAGAGGAACGCCGGAAAGACGGGGAGAAGUCAUCGAUUUUUUAUUGAUAACUAUAUGCAUCCAUUCCAUGGUCGUUUGACGAUGAGCGAUGCUUGUGGAUCACCCGUGGCGGAGCAGCAUGAUGUUAGGCGGUCAUGAUACCGCCACACGGUCACGUUACCGUCAGCGUCAACCGCGGUCGCUUUUUAACGCCAUCGUCAUCGAAAUUUUAGGGGAAAUUGAAAUGGCGACGACGUUUCCUCCUCCGCUCAACGUCGUCCUCCUCCUCGUCAUCGCCACCGAUUCAACGACGCACUAUCCGUCCCCUUCAGCUCCUCCCUCUCGCUCUCCUUGGAUUUCUCCCCUUUCCCUCCUCCCCCUCCGCCGCACUUUCCUGGGGAUUUGGCGCGGGCUCUCGUGGCUAAGCACGGGUGGGAUCCGGAGGCGAAGGUCAGGAUCGCCAAGGUCUCCUUUGGGCAGAGGUACGGGUUCCGCCUCCGGGUCGGACGGAGGGAAUCGAGUGGCGGAAGGUGUACGGCGCGCGGUUGUUGAGCUUGCGUCGGAUUUGAUCGCCGGCGAUGGGAUCUCGAGGUUCAGGCCGGCCGUAGGGGAGCUGGAAUUGUUGCGGCCGCUCGAAUUGAGAGUUGCAAGUGGUGGUGGAGUUGGGGAUCGGACGUCACCUCAUUCGGCUGAACUCGAAAGUGAUAACAGAAAUGACGAUAAGAGUUUGGAAGAGCCAUCGGCCUGGAAACAGAAACCCACCGGAAACAGAAACCCAAGGCUGAACAAGUCUGGCUGGAGAUAACAGCAAGAAUGGCGGAUGGAAGGCAGCUGAAACCUGUGCUUGUCAAAAGGCUAAAGAAACCUUUUAUUAUCAAGGAUGGAUUAUGUUUCUUGAGUAGUUUGUUGAAUGUUUCGUUCACAAAACUGCCCUCUUUCAUGGUACCGCCUGAGGCCUUGACAUUGGAUGUCAAGCCGU